CAGUGAUCUCCUAAUGUAUGUCCAUGUUCAAAUUAGGAGAUUUCCACAUUUCAAGUUUAUAUUAAUAUGUAUAGAAUUUCUUUACAAAAUAGGCAGAGAGGAAACUUACAACUUGAAAGUUGUAAUAUUACAUUGGACAUUUCCUAAAUCACCUAGGUAACAAGGGAGAAAGAACACAUAGUAGUACAAAACACAUUCAGAACAGAGACAUCUGAGAGCACAGUCAGUCAAAACAAGUAACCUUGAGGGAAAUGGCUCAACAAACACAGAUAAGAGAGUUGCCCUUGAUCUGGAUGAGGAAGUUCCUUACACCCUUAGUACUCUUAGAUAUUGAUAAAGAUGGAGUUAUGGGAUAUGAGGAUCAUAUGCAAAUGGCAGAAUCCAUAAUAAAAGCAGGUAACCUGACAGGGGAGGCAAGAGAUGGCAUAUACAAAAUCUAUAAGCAUUAUUGUGAAUCAGGAACUUCACAAGAUAUUGCCAAUUCUUCUUCAUUGGCAAAUCAACUUUUAACAAUUUGGAAGGAGAGAGAUAAUCCCGAAACAGUAGGAAAGCUGUUUGAAAUGUUCUCAAGAAGUUGUGAGGUAUUAUGUCUGGACUCUUCAGGUUUCAUGACAUUUGACAACUACAUGAUAUUUUGGAAUGCAUUGGGCAUUGAUAAAAGAUUUGCGAGAAUGCAGUUUGACUACAUUGAUACAAAUGGCGAUGGAUUGAUAAGCCGAGAGGAGUUUGCAAAGGCAUUUAUAGAUUAUAUGUUGAACAUAGAUGAAAACACUUCCAACCGCUUCUUUGGACCACUCAUCAACUAUUAAUACUUAGACUGCACUCAAUUCUGUCAAUUUCCCUGAAUUUUAAAUGAGAAUGGAUAGCACACUUGAGGUAUAAAUGCCAGCACCAGUCCUGUUACUUUUGGAACACCCUGUAUGUAUGAAAGUAAAAGUGACAAAAUGACACAAUAUACAAAUGAAUAUGAAUCUAACAGUAGGAAUAUUUUGUUUAUAGUUUUUAUAUAGUGUAAUUUUCCUGACCUGAGUGUACAGUGCAUUUCCUAUGAAGAUUUCUUUGUCUUUGGAAUGUCUCAAGGACAUAUCAAACUUUCUUAAUUUGGUUCUAUUUGGUCUAACAGUUCUACUACAAACACUAUGUACAAAAAUAGAUUUGAAUUCAUACUGUCUGACCUACUUUCUUGAAACCUCGACAUAUUUCUUAAGUGCAUUUUGAAUGGUUUUUGUAUAUGGCAUCUUGGUUGUUUG